CCGCUGCGCAGGCGCACUGGGCCCCGACUGCCCGCCGCAGCGCUACGUGGGAGAUUGGCCGCGCAGUGCCGGGACCCGGCUGCAGCGGUGGGAAGGCGGGGGCGUGCCGGCCCAGCGGGGAGAGGCAUCUGCAGGGGCUGCUGAGAGUAAAUACUUGGCGCCUCCAGCUGCUGGCCAAGGAGACAGAUGGAGCUCAAGUUGGGAGAUGCGCCCUGAGAGCCGAUGAUAGACACAAGUCCAGAUCUCGGAUUUUGAUACUGUAUGUUCCCUGGGUUCCUGAAAGAGGACAUUGAGGAGUAGGAGUCGGCGAUUAAGGAGAUCGGUACAAUUGGGAAGCCUCCUGUUAGAGCUUCCAGCAAUUUCCUCAUCAGAGGUGGACAAGCCCUAUGGGCUAAGACAGAGGGUCCUCAGAAAGGAGUGCGGACGCCGUCAUGCUGCAGCAGCUCCUGAUCACCCUGCCCACCGAGGCCAGCACCUGGGUGAAGUUGCGUCAUCCAAAGGCGGCCACGGAGCGGGUGGCCCUGUGGGAGGAUGUGACUAAGAUGUUUAAAGCAGAAGCUCUGCUGUCUCAGGAUGCUGAUGAGACCCAGGGAGAAAGUUUAGAGAGUAGAGUGACCCUUGGAUCCCUGACAGCAGAAUCCCAGGAACUGUUAACCUUCAAGGACGUAUCUGUGGACUUCACUCAGGAGGAGUGGGGGCAGCUGGCCCCUGCUCACCGGAAUCUGUACCGGGAGGUGAUGCUGGAGAACUAUGGGAACCUGGUCUCAGUGGCAGGAUGUCAGCUUUCCAAACCUGGCGUGAUUUCCCAGUUGGAGAAAGGAGAAGAACCAUGGCUGAUGGAGAGAGAUAUUUCAGGAGUUCCAAGUUCAGACUUGAAGAGCAAAACAAAAACCAAAGAGUCAGCCUUACAGAAUGAUAUUUCGUGGGAAGAAUUACAUUGUGGCCUAAUGAUGGAAAGAUUUACAAAAGGAAGCACCGUGUAUUCCACCUUGGGAAGAAUCUCCAAAUGUAAUAAGCUAGAAAGCCAACAAGAGAACCAAAGAAUGGGUAAGGGGCAAAUCCCCUUGAUGUGCAAGAAAACAUUCACUCAGGAGAGAGGCCAAGAGUCUAAUAGAUUUGAGAAAAGAAUUAAUGUGAAGUCAGAAGUUAUGCCAGGACCAAUAGGUCUUCCAAGAAAAAGAGAUCGUAAAUAUGACACACCUGGAAAGAGAAGCAGAUACAACAUAGAUUUAGUUAAUCAUUCAAGGAGUUAUACAAAAAUGAAAACCUUUGAAUGUAAUAUUUGUGAAAAAAUCUUCAAACAGCUUAUUCACCUUACUGAACACAUGAGAAUUCAUACCGGGGAGAAACCUUUCAGAUGUAAGGAAUGUGGAAAAGCCUUUAGCCAAAGUUCAUCUCUUAUUCCACAUCAGAGAAUUCAUACUGGUGAGAAACCCUAUGAAUGUAAGGAGUGUGGGAAAACCUUCAGACAUCCUUCAUCGCUUACUCAACAUGUUAGAAUUCAUACCGGGGAGAAGCCCUAUGAAUGUAGGGUAUGUGAGAAAGCCUUCAGCCAGAGCAUUGGACUGAUCCAGCAUUUGAGAACUCAUGUUAGAGAGAAACCUUUUACAUGCAAAGACUGUGGAAAAGCGUUUUUCCAGAUUAGACACCUUAGGCAACAUGAGAUUAUUCAUACUGGUGUGAAACCCUAUAUUUGUAAUGUAUGUAGUAAAACCUUCAGCCAUAGUACAUACCUAACUCAACACCAGAGAACUCAUACUGGAGAAAGACCAUAUAAAUGUAAGGAAUGUGGGAAAGCCUUUAGCCAGAGAAUACAUCUUUCUAUCCAUCAGAGAGUCCAUACUGGAGUAAAACCUUAUGAAUGCAGUCAUUGUGGGAAAGCCUUUAGGCAUGAUUCAUCCUUUGCUAAACAUCAGAGAAUUCAUACUGGAGAAAAACCUUAUGACUGUAAUGAGUGUGGAAAAGCCUUCAGCUGUAGUUCAUCCCUUAUUAGACAUUGCAAAACACAUUUAAGAAAUACCUCCAGCAAUGUUGUGUGAAAUAUACUAAACAUCAAAGAAUCUAUGUUGGAGCAAAAGAUUCUAAAUCAGUGGUUCCCUGAUCCCUCAAAAAUCCAUUUGUUUUUGGAUUUCCAAAAACAAACAUUAAAAAAAAAUGGUUUGGCACAAUGUUCCCAACUCUUAAUUUUGCCAUAUUAAAAACACACCUAUUAUCAGCAUUGUUUCAGAAAAGAAAGGACAUUUUAAUAUUUUUAAAUGUAGGAACAGUUCCCCCCUCCAUUUUUUUUUUUUUUUUUUUUUUGAGAUGGAGUCACUCUGUCACCUGAGCUGGAGUGCAGUGGCGUGAUCUCAGCUCACAGCAACCUCCACCUCCCAGGCUCAAGCAAUUCUCCUGCCUUAGCCUCCUGAGUAACUGGGAUUACAGGUGCCUACCACCACACCCGGCUAAUUUUUGUAUUUUGAGUAGAGACAGGGUUUCACCAUGGUGGCCAGGCUGGUCUCGAACCAUUCAGGUGAUCCGCCCAUCUCGGCCUCCCAAAGUGCUGGGAUUACAGGUGUGAGCCACCGUGCCUGCCCCACCCCCACCCCCGACCCAGACCCUUUUUUAAAAAACAGUUUCACUCUUGCCCAGGCUGGAGUGCAGUGAUGUCAUCAUAGUUCACUGCAGCCUCAAACUCCUGGGCUCAAGCAGUCUUCCUGCCUCAGCUUCCCAAGUAGCUAGGCCUACAGAUGUGCACCACCAUGUCUGGCUAAUUUAUUAUUAUUAUUAUUAUUAUUAUUAUUAUUAUUAUUAUUAUUAUUGUAGAGACAGUCUCACUAUGUUGCUGGACUGGUCUCAAACUCCUGGCUCCAAGCAGUUCUCCCACCUCAGUCUCCCAAUAUGCUGCGAUUACAGACAUGAGCCACUGUGUCUGGCCAGGAACAGCCUGUUAUAUUACGUCAGCUUUAUGACAAACUCCCACAUUUAUCUUUACUUUUCCCAGUUCACUAUGUGCCAGUGAAAUUUCAUGGCAUGUUAGUGAUCUGUGGAUUAACUUUUGAGAAACACUGUUUUAAGUAUCCCUUUAAUAAAUCAGAAUAAAAUAUAGUACAGCCUUUUACUCUGGCCCUUUAUAUGGCUAGAAGAGGUAGAAAUUAAAAUGUUGAUUCUCAUUUCUAGAAGAAAAAAUGUUAAAGGGAGUUUUCUACCAUUGAUAGAUAACUUACUGUACAUGAGAUGCUUAUUUAUAUUUUAUGGUUUUCUAUAGAGCAAGAAUUGGCAAACUUUCUGUAAAGGGCCAGAUAGUAAAUACGUUAGGUGUUGUGGGCCAUGUGGUCCCUGUCACAACUAUUCAACUUCCCCAUUUUAGUACAAAAACAGCCAGAGACAAUAUAUAAACUACAGUAUCUGAACCUUGGCACUGCCAAUAUUUUGGACUGGAUAAUACUUUGCUAUAGGAAGCUGCCUGGUGCAUCCUGGGAUGUUUAGGGGAAUCCUUGGCUUCUGCCCACAAGAUGCCAGCAUUCAAUGCUGAUAGCUGCCCCUCCCCCAGUUGUGACAGUCAAAAAUGUCUCCAGACAUGGCCAGGUGUACCUAGAGGCCAAAAUUGUCCCUGGUCGAGACCCACUGAUGAAUGUGUGCAAUAGUGGUUCCCAUAAACUGCAUUUAAAAAACAGCUGUUAGGUUUCAUUUGGCUCAAGGGCUGUCAUUUUUCACUCCUCCCCCUAUAGAGUAUGUAAAAUGAUUAGAAAUGACAACAGACUAUCAUUUAGUAUCAGAUUAGUAUGUGUAUAUGCCAUAAAUUAUUUCCUUGGCAAUUCCUUUAGUAUUUUUGUUGCAAUAAUUCUUUAAGUGUUACAUUUGUAAUGCUGUCUUAGAGCCUAGGACUUAUUUUUGGAGAUAUUUAUGCAGACUUCCCUCUAUAAUGAUCGGUUUUUUAGUAUGAUUAAUCCAUAAAUAUUUUGA